CGCAACAUGUCUUCAACACAGCGUCAGCGACCUACGCGUUCGAGGGAGUCUCUGAUGCCAUCACCGGAUUCCCUACUCCGCCCAACUAAGUCUCAGCGUACCACCCGUGGACGUACCCCCAAGACCAAAAGGGUCUCGUCUGAUUCUUCGAGUCGGGUUGAGGUUUCAUCGAGAGGAUCAUCUCGUGACAUGUCUUCACAGGCACCGUCUGCGAACCCCACCCCACAACUGUCUGAACCAUUUCAAUCGAAGCGGAGGAAGAUGCAUCGCAGUAGGCGUCGUACACCGCCGUCACUGCCACCCGUGAUCGAGGCGCAUGCUCUCGAAGGUCCGCUGCGGCUUCCAAUGCCACAGCCGAGCGAAGGAGCCAGCCGAGCGUCCUCAGCCCCUAGCACAACGGGACAAUUGAGCGCAAACCCGCAACUGGAAGCAUCCAGUGAGUGCACGGACAUCACUCAAGCUGACAUCUACGGCCACGGCUACUACCAGAGCACGAUCCUCUUCUGCUGCGUCUUGUCUUUGGUAGUCUUUCGAUGCCACAGCCUUGCGUUCAAGAUCAUCGCGCGUCAUGUAGACUUCUGGUGCAGAAAGCCCGCUGUAUUUCAGAACUUCACUGAUGCUGAGUGGAAGAACGUCGGUAUACCGAUAAUGCAAGAUGGUACUUUCAGCCGAUGCAAAGUUUACGACGAUCCGCUCGGACCCUACCGUAAUCAGGUGCCUUGUGCGGCUUGGGAGUAUGAUAGGUCACCUCGUACCAUUAUCACUACGUGGAACCUGGUGUGCAACAAGGAAUGGGUAUUAUCAUUUGCAGCGGUGAUGUACAUCAUAGGAGCAGUGGUAUUCCUUCCAGCCAUGGGAAUGAUUGCAGAUCAAGUUGGACGUCGCCCUGUCACCUGCAUUGCGGUAGCAGUCCUUCUGGCGGCCGGCGUUUGGACCUGCUUCGCUUCCAACUUAACAUUCUUCGUCUGCGCGCGCUGUGCUGUGUCAGGGUGUACCAGCACUAUUUUUGUGACCAUCUUUACUCUCCUCUUCGAGGUGACCUCUGUGGAGUACCGAACGUUGUACUGUAUCGUUGCAAUAUCACUGGGAGUCGUCAUAUCCAGCAUCAUUAUCAGCGUCCUCAGCCAGUUCGAAAUCGACUGGAGAAUAACACAAGUAAUGCUCAUGGGACUGACAUCACUGCUGCUCAGCACGUUCUACAUAGUCGAAGAAUCGCCGUGCUGGCUUCUUGCUUGUUGCAAUUUCAAGCGAGCGGAAGAAGCGAUGCUUUGGGCAGCCCAGAUGAAUGGCGAGUCGCUUGAGAAUGUGAGGAUGAAAUUUAACAAGUUGAAGAGCACCAUGCCUCUGAAAGCGGCCGCCAGGGGAGUAACACCACUCGGAGUAACACCCUUUUUUCUAUUCAUCUGUCCGGUGAUACGUGUCCGUUGUGGCAACAUACUCAUCUUUUGGUUCAUCGUCAUGCUCACGUUCUACGGAUAUGAAACAUCCAAUGUUAUUGAACAUGAGUUAAUGUGGACAAAAGUCAUCACACUCUUAUGUCCUGGGCCACUCAGUGUAGUAUCCUACUACGCUAUACGCCGAAUAGGUCGAAAGACUACCCUUAUUUUAUCCCUUGGGUUCGUUGGCAUGGCAAGCGCCGCGUUGAUUCUUACCUAUCCUCGUCAAAUGUGGCACAUCGCGAACCUCUUUCUAGUGAUAGCAAGAGGAGCGACGUACGUUGCCGUCUCCGUAAGCUUUAUCUACACCGCCGAACUGUUUCCUACCGUACUACGAAGUAUUGGCAUCUGUACGGCUUACCUGUGCGGCCAAUUGGGAGCUGUAGCGGCUGUUGUAUUGAGGUCUGCCCAAAACCUGAUACCUGGUCCAAUCGGAAUGACUGUGCUGGCGGCCGCAGUGCUGUUUGCCGAGUUUGCUCUUCUGAGACUGCCUGAAACAAGCUCUCAACCGUUGAUUCAUACUCUCAAGCAGCUCGAAGAACUGAACUUGAAGGUGCCUCAGCCAGAAACCUUCCCUGAGGGCGUUGGAAGGGCUCCACCGAAAGAACCUCAUGGUCUGGCAAAUGAUAAUGGACCUGGAGGAGCACAGACUGCAUUUUAUGCUGAGCGCCUCAAGUCUCAGUAUAGGUCUUUAUCAUCCGUGCAGUCUGGUGGAAGGCCCAAGUCUAGAGGAGCAUCGACCCCACCUCUAAGUAACCGCAAGGCCAUCUCUACAUAAUUAUAAUACAUCCUGUUGUCGGCAGGAAGAUGUUCUGACUGAGCGUCUCUCUCCGACUUCCUGGGUCGUAAAUGACAAGAUGAAAAUAAAAUAACGA